AUGGAAAUUAAGCAAGGACUUCAGCUUUCAAAUCCUCGAGAAAUUGAUCAAAAUAUCCGUGUUGAUCCAUCUAUCCUCAAUGCAUCCUGCAAAAUCUUCCUCAUUCUGUUGCCUCAAGCCAUUCGACGUUUCUCCAUUCAUCAAACUCUUGAUCUUGUCUGCAACUUCCUCAGUUGUCCUGAAUAUAAUGUGUCAGCAAUCAAGAAAUGGACUGAAGAUGGAUCAGACUGGAUAAUGUUUCCAACAAGUUCAUCUACACGAGAGGGGAAAUCUCUCAACAUAGAUUCCCAGAACUCUUCCAAGUUGAGAAGUCAAUCAAAUUCCAUAGAAAAAACGUCAGAGAUUGCAUGUCAAGAUCGGUUUCGUGCAUCGCCGAAGAGAUCUAGUCAAGUACUAGAAUCAUUAUGGUGGGAUUGA